GAAAACAGUGUUGAUCUGUAUCUCUGAAACAAUGCUGAUUGUCAACAUUUCAUGCACAGUUCAGGUGGGAGUGUCAUCUGAGAAUAUGCAGGAAAUGUUAAGCUGCCAAUGAAACUACAGAAUAAAACAUUACUGAUCAGCAGCAACAAUGGAACAACAUUUGGACAAUUAUACUGACAUUACGAAGUUUAGGCAAAAUGCAGCCGACAGCUUCCUGACGUUUAGGUGGGACGUAUGAGGAAGUACAGCUUAUUUACGGUAAAUGUGAUGUAUGAGCUGAUUAUCUAAGUACACCCCAAUGGUGUGUUCUGAGAAAGCAAUGCUUGGAAUGACAGAACCUAAGACAAAACAGGAAACACAGCCUAACAUAAGGACAUUGUGUACAGUUAAAGUUCAGCCAAAACUUAAAACUUGUCAUCACAGAGAGGACUUAACAGAAAGAACAGUAGAAAGACGGGGGAAUACCGAACAACUGCAACUUCAACCAGCUGCUGACUCGAAAAGAGUUAGAAUGACUGUAGAAAGACUGUCAAUUCGACAACUAUCUACAGGAGGAGCAACGGCCUGUCGCAUGGUUUAUUCUGUUUUUUUCCUUACAUGCUGAUUUUUUGUUGAUUGUCAUCAUCAGGAACUUCUGUUGUGCAUCUGUAAAGCCAUUUGGGAUAUUGUACAUAACAGUGGACAAUACACAGAAAUCUGACUUUGGAGUGGGAGUGUGUCUGGUUUGAACUGUUUGAAACACCUGCUGUUUUUGGUAUAACUUUGAGAAAAUGGCUUGUCAGUCGGAGGAGAAUCUAAAAUGUCCGGUCUGCUAUGAAAUCUUUCAAGAUCCUGUCAUCCUGUCAUGCAGUCAUAGUUUCUGUAGAGCCUGUCUUCAGAGAUGGUGGACAGAGAGAAAUCAUAUGUGCCCAGUUUGUCAGACAAAAUCUGAACAAAGCAAUCCACCCCGAAACUUGGCACUGAGGAAUCUGUGUGAGGACUGUCUGUCUACACUCAGAAACACACAAACACCACAGCUUUAGACCCAUUGAUGAAGCUGCUCGGAAUUGCAGAGCAGAACUACAGGAACUCAGAAAGCUGCAUAAGGAGAGAAUGGAGCUUUUCAGUGACGUUAAAGGAAACUUUGAUAAAACAGAAAACGACAUUGAAGUUCAGGCACAAGACGCAGAAAAGCAGAUUAAGGACGUUUUCUCGAUGCUUCAGAAGUUUCUCCGAAAGGAAGAGCAGACAAGAAUAGCUGCACUGAGGGAGGAAAAGCAGCAGAAGAUUCAGAUGAUAGAGAGCAAGAGAGAGGUUCUGAGUGAUGAGUUCGAGGGUCUUUAUUUCUCAGUCAACCUUACUACUCAGGUGCUGGAAUAUGAAGAUCUCUACUUCCUGCAUGUGUACAGGACAGCAGCUGACAUAGCCCAUGGUAUCCAGUUGAAUGAUCCACAGCCGACUCCAGGAGCUCUGAUCGAUGUGGACAAACACCUGAACAACCUGUCCCUCAACAUCUUGGACAGGAUGAAGAUGGAGGUGACCAACACUCUGGUUCCCCAAACUGCUGCUCCAGAAUCCACAGCUGUCUCUACACCCACCCCAAGCCCCCCUUCCCCCGGAGGUGCGCAGGAUCCGGAAGCUUGUGAGAUCCCCAUCUUGCUCGCCUCCAUUGAUCGGAAUAUCAUUCAUUUCAGUGACGACGAAAGCAUCAUCCCCAUAUAUAAAUAAUAUUUCUCUAAUUUGGUGUUUUUCAGCUCUGCUAAACUCUCUUUUAUUAAGUGACCAAACAUCUAUUGUUUCUUUCCAAAGUACUAGUUAAUUAUUUUUAUGAGCAGGUUUCACUUUCUCUAAAAGUCUGGUUUGUAGACUUCAAAUAUUUUUGGUGAUGAGGGAACUAAAUAUUUCUGUACUGUUAUGCACUAAUUGUACUUGCACAACCUUCUGUUUUAGAAAUGCCAAUAAUCAUGCUUUCUGUGGUUAUACACCUGACGAUAUGAUGCCAAAUUCAAUACAGAAUAAAAUCAUUAUCAAAAUUA